GCUGCUGUCUUUGCCUGACGACGCGCUGCUGGCCGUGCUGGCCUUCCUGCCCGCCAGGACGCUCUUCGCCUGCCGCGUGGCGUGCCGCCGCCUCAGGGACCUCUGCCUGCACCGCCACCUGUGGCGCUCCGUCUGCGUGGAGAGCCUGGGAGUGCUGCGCGCCGCGACGGCAGCCCUCGUCCCAUGCAUCGGCAGACUCAAGGUGCCUGUGGGAUCCGCGGUCUUUUUCCCGGAAGACACCGCGUGCGUCGUCCGUGCACUUGAGCUGACUGUGCAGAUCUGGCGAGAUUCAAUCCUGGCCUACGGUUUGGUCCAAAGGCUCUCCGACGUCGGCGGCGUUACGGAGCUCGUCUUGCGAAUAAGCUGCAGGUCGUUUAGGCGCAACGAGCUGCAGCCGCUGCUGAGGACGGCCUUUGAAAUGCGUGGCCUGCUCAUCCUCGACGUGACCAACGACUCGGGCAGGCCGCUGCCCAGCGACUGGUGCGAGACCGUUGGGGUGCCCUCGCUGACCAGGCUUCGCUACGACUCGCCCUCGGCGGACCCUUUCCUGGAACUGCUGCUGCGGACACACGCGGCUACACUGCGACACGUGGAGCUGCACCGACUGGACGACGUCCCCGCGGUGCUUCUGGCUCGAGCUCUCCAGCUUCGCUCCCUGAAGUGUUUGCCGUGCGAAGGUCUGUCCAAGCUGGUGGACUUGCCCGGCCUUGCCCACAUCGACCUUUACUGUGAAGGAGGCAGUGACGACCAGGAGGGCGCUGCGUUCCCCCCAGGCACCCUGGCAUUCCUAUCAGGGGCGUCGCACCUGCGGAGCGUCAAGCUGUGCCUCUCCGCGGAAGACCCUGACGCUCCACUGCGCGCCCUCAGCACAUCACCCUCCGCCCAACAUCUUCAAGAACUAGUCGCUCUUGCUGAUAAUGAGGACCCACCGGAAACAUUCGUUACGACCCUGGUGACUCCUUUCCUUCCCUCCUUUACAUCUUUGAGGACCCUCAUCGUUGACGACGACCUUGAGCAAGAUUUCUUACUGGCUGUCAGCCCCACUGUGCUGCCGUGCCUCACGACGCUCAAGGUGGACGUCCUUGAGGAUUCGUGCAUGCACGGCACACUGCACAGGCCUGCCGUGCACGAUGUCCUCAUGAGGAACCCUCAUCUGCAUCUCUACAUUGAAAAGGGUUUCCCCGAGAAAGUAAUGUGUAAUGACUGCCCGUGGUGCAAGUGGGGCUGCCAUGAACUUCUGGCAGAAACCAAGAACUCUGAGGUCUGCUACUCGUCGCAUAGCAAAUCCGCUACUUGCCCUAAGGAAUGUUUCCAGGCUUUCAGUCCUAGUAACCCACUUCAUCCUAGCAAUAACUAAUUCAUGGUUCAGACCAGUACCUCCGUAAUACUGUGCAAUCCUGUCCCUUCUACGCUACCUGAGAUGGUAAUAAAAUUAUCUAAUUAGUUUCAA